AUGAUGGACAUUAUCAGCAACAAGAAGGUGUCAACAAAGAAGGUACUGAAGAAAGAUCCCGAAAGGUCCACUAGGUCAAGUAUUGAUACCUCCGAUUGCAUCGAUUUUAAUCAGUUCAACGCCAGUCUGAUCAUAGACAUUGAACUCAGCAAGCCGAUAAUUCCCCGACGCGAAACCACACUUGCGAUAAAAGAUGUUGCGGACAUCCUAAAAGGAAUGGAAAAUGAAGUACCUAAUUUAGUUGAAGUUCCUGAGUUCAUAGAAUCUUUCAAGAAGGGAGUUAUUGGAAUGUUUACCGAUGUAUUCUCUAAAGUUAGUCAUGUUAUGGAGUGUUAUUUUGUGAUCAGAUCUUUACUUGAUAAGUAUUUGGAAUUUCAAAGUCAUCUUCGAUUUCCGAUUGCUGAUGCGGCUUUAGAAAUGUUUGACCAAGCAACAAUGACUUCUCUAGAGGAUUUGAUUCAGGAUUUUCUGGAUGAUUUAAAGGUUUAUCUCAUGCAAGAAGUCAGGAACUCGUUAAGUACGCUAGGAAAAUCGCUACAGGGUUCAGGAAAUGUGCCUUCAGGUGGAGGGUUGAGCGAAAAGGAUUUUCUCUACUUUGCGGAAGAAGCCGAGUUUUUGGGUAACCUCCAGUGCGCCAAGUAUUACAUUGAGAUUCUAUUUGCAAAGUAUGGAAAAACCAAGGAGACUUUACAUGCAGCGGCUACUCUGUUUGCUAGACUUGGUAACCGAGAGGAAGCUAUCGUCUGUCUGAAAUGGCUGCUUGAGACAGAUCCCAGUGAUGUCAGCGCAUUGCUGUGCUUGGGUGUUUUAUUGGCUGAACUCUCGAAAUUGGCUGAGGCGAGACGCAUUUUGGAAGCAGCAUCCAAUAUCGCUCCCACCAAUCCUCAGGUCUGGAUAAUAUUAGGAUUAUUCUACGAAUCGAUCAACGAUAUUUGGAAUUACGAGCGUACCAAUGUAAUGCUGAAACAGAUGAAUAAUUCGAAACUCGGUGGGAAUAUGGACGAAAGUACAUCUCAUGAUACCGACGGGGCAAUACCCGAAUAUGCUUCCUCUAGUGAUCUGAUCAAUGCAUUUGAUCUCCUUUUUCAACUGCAUGCGAGUUCAUUUAUCAAUCGAGGAUUAGCCAGGUUGCUACUUAAUUGUCAACAUUAUCGAUCGCAAUUUGAAAGAGUAGACGGUGAUGAAGAUUCAAUAGAUAAUCUCAGACUUUCAGAGCAGGUUCCGAGAACAACAAAGAACUAUAUAGACUACACGCAUGACCUUGGUGCCUAUUAUCAUUUAAGCGCUCGUUUCCACCUGCAAUCAUGUGAUCAGAUAGGGAGAUUGCAAGAAUCUGAGUGUGAACUUAAAAAGUCCUUAAAACUAUCACCAGAGAACGCAGAGAGCUGGUGCUUGAUGGGUCUAAUACGUUGCCUUCAAAUGGAUAUGAAAGCGGCUUCAGAGUGCUUGGAAAAUGCUAUGCAGCUUGAGACGUGGCCUGUUCGAAAUCAUCGUCUAUACCGCCUCAAACUAGCUCAAUGCUAUACCGAGAUUGAGGAUUACGAAAAUAGCAAAGUACAAUAUCUUGAGUGUUGUCAACAAUACUCAACGCCAGAAUCUUGGAAAGGCGUUGGGCUAGCUUGCUAUAGAUUGAAUAAAUUGGAGGAGUCACAGUCAGCUUUCGAGGAAUCAAAUAGAUUAAAUAGUCGAGAAGCGAGUGUCUGGGCUUAUUUGGCGAAGAUAUGCUUUGAAACGGGCAAACCUCUCGAGGCGAAGGAAUGCUUGAAGAUUGUCGAUAAGCUUGAGCUAACCGAUGAAGCUCUAAGGGCUGAAUUGGAGCAAAUCAAGCUCGAAGAAGGCGAAUGA